AUGGCGGACGAGGAGUUAACUGAUAUCAUGGUAGACAUGGAGUUUGGAGAAUUGAUGAAAGACUGGAUAGAAGAUUGGUCAGAUGAUGAAAAUUUAGAUCGUGAAGAUCGGUCAGAGAAUGGGAACGAAUGGGACGAUCUUAAUAUCGAUGAGCUUGAUGAUGAUCAGGAAAACAACUCGGAGCUCUCGAAUGAAGAUUACAUUAGUCAGUUCAUUUCCGAAUGUCAUAAUGCGUACGACUAUUACGGUGAAUCCGACGCGGAGACAGGCCUUAACGACGAAUCAUUAGAUGCACCUGAUUCUGGGGAGUCCGAGUCGUCGGUUAUCAUGAGUGAGGUGACACAAGAUGAUGGUGCAAAGAAUAUGCAAGAUACUGCCAGUGCAGAUGAUAAGAGGGAUAUGUUCAUGCAGAUAAUGGAAAUGACCUUUACGUCUCACGAUGCUGCUUAUGAUUUCUACAACAGCUAUGCUAGAGAUAAUGGUUUCAACAUUAGAAAGAAUAAGGUCAGGUAUAGCAAAACAGAGUCACGUCAUAUGCGUUAUAGGCGGUUUGUUUGUUCAAGACAAGGGAAACGUGACAGCAAGUUGCUAAACGAGGAAGGACACAGCCGUAGGCUCAGAGCUGAGACACGCUGCUUUUGCGAAGCGCACCUGACCGUCAAGCUUGACCAAAAGCGUGGGGUUUGGUAUGUUCAAAGUUUUGAGGACAAGCAUAGCCAUAUGUUGGCAGGACCGGACGAGGAUGAUCUUAGAAAAAUUGACGGCAUGGAGAUUGUAGAAAUUAAGCUGGGAGACGGAUCACAGCAGUACAUCGUGGCCUGGAAGAAUAACCGGAAGCGCCGUUUUUGGGUGGAGUAUACACCAGAAAAUUUGUUGAAGCAAACAAAUGACAUCAGUAAGUGUGCAGUUGAAUAUGUGGACGAUGGUGAAGGCAACAUGAUUGAGGUUAAAGAUCCUAUGAAAGUUUCAAGCAAAGGUGCAACAAAGGCAGAUGAGAGCCGCCCUGUCUCGAAAAAUGGUAGACCACUCUCUUUUGAUGAGUUGAAAACCCGGUGCAGAAAAGUGGAGAAGGAACAAGAGUAG